CUUACAUUAUGCUGUACUGCAAUCCUUAACAAGCCUUAUGUAACGAGCGGCGGACGUCGACGCCGAAAGUCUUGUUCGGUGCUCGCACAUUUCAUUUGGGACGAGAAGACGCCACCAAGUUUUCAUUCGCCCUUUCCUCCACUAAAUAACGGUAAAUAAUGGGUUCCACUCCACCAAACAAUUUCUCAUGGGUAGACCCGGGCAAAGUAGCAGGACUGGCCUUUCCCCGGAUGACGGCGCAGUACCAGUAUCUUCUGGACCAUGGCAUCCAACACCUGGUGUGCCUGUGCGAGCACAAACCCCCCAAUUAUGAUACAUGUCCCAAACUGCAGCUCCAUCACAUCAAGAUUGUUGACUUCACGCCACCCUCGCAGUCUCAGAUUGAUAGAUUCCUCGCCAUUGUGGAGGAGGCCAACACCAAAGGAGAGGGCGUGGCCGUCCACUGCAUGCACGGCCACGGAAGAACAGGCACCAUGCUGGCCUGCUACCUGGUCAAGACAAGAAAAAUGUCCGGCAUCGACGCCAUCAAUGAGAUCCGCCGACUGCGCAAGGGCUCCAUCGAAACCAAAGACCAAGAGAAGGCUGUGGUACAGUUUUAUCAACGCGUUAAAUGAAAAAAAGUGAGACAAUUGUCACGUAAUUGAUAUCCCCCCUAAAACGAUUUAUAAUUGCUUUGAGAUGCCAGAAGUUGGUGUUGCAUUAUCAUAAAAUACGAUAGGUUAAAAAAAUAUCAAUGUAUAGGUGAAUCAUAAAUGUGUUGGGAGAACGGGAUCAGAAAUGAACACUAAUGAAACUCUUUAUUUUUUUUAAAGGACACAAAACUUUAAAUGUGAUCAAACCAAAAAAAUAGUGAUAUUGAUGCAUAAUAAGAUCAAUUGUAGUACCAUAGUAAAAGUCUGACAUGCUUUAUGGGUCUAAGCCUAAACUCGUAUUGACAUAACAGUACGGCCUUUUUUUUUAUUUUUAUUAAACUAGCAAAGCUUAAACCUUCAUUUACGCACUGGGUGUCAGAGAAAACAGACGCUGACGCUCCUUGAACGGUAGCUUCUCGGGAGCCGACAACCUCCGUGCCUUGUCUUCCCGGCACCUGUGGAUCAAUUUAUUUUUUAACUUUAUAUGUUACUUCAUUAUGGGGAGCAAAACAAGGAAGUUCUCAGGGACUGCUUGCAAACAGUAGAAGCAAUCGUGAUUCGAUUUCCGCAAAUACAAAACAAUAAUGACUAGUUUUCCUCACUCUGGAAACAUCGCUGUUUCUUGUCGCCGUCCGCUUGAUCUGUUAUCUGCCGAAAAUGGAAAGGACAAUAAAAUAUGGAGUGAAAAGUAA